AUGACUAACAUACAAUUCCGUCAUAGAAGAGUCGUUCUUCUGCAAAUGAAUCCUGAAAUUAUUCCCUUUUGGAAUCGCCACCACCUUGUCAUACGGCUGCAUAUUCGCAUCGACUUGGGAACUCGUGAGAGGAAGUUGAGCGAAAAACUCAAUGAACUCAGAGAUCCAUUACUGGAAUCAACAUAUGUGGUUGAUGGUGUCAGCAGCGAACGCGAUUCUGGAAGUCGUAAUCGAUCAAGAGGUGUUUCGCUGGAUCGUGCACUCCAGCAGACUAAUGAAAAUAGGCCCCCUCCACGUACUCUGCCCUCUGAAGCGUACCCUGCCCACGGCAGAGCUGACAGACAUCUACAACGCAGUGUUGCCUCACACCAUAUUCCAAAAGCAAGACCAGCGCCGUUUCGUGAGAGAGUCCCUUCAAAUCUUACUGACUUAUCCGAUUCGGUUUUGAAGACCAAGCCAUUAAUUAUGGAACUUCUCGCCCGCAUGCUUUGGGUUUCGAUUCCCGGCGUGCACACGCGUUGGAUUCUCACCGGGAAUUUCGCCCUGCAGUGCGCUCCAGUACAUCGUCAAGUGUCAAGGAGAGAGAACGAGAGAGCCCCCGGAGCAAAUGCCUCAUCCAACUCACUGUGCAUGAGGCUCGCGGACUUCCACCUAAAUCGGUUUGUUUCUCCUAAUGCAUAUGUUUCUGUGUUGGGAAGAGACGGUGAACUUCGCUCGUCAGUUUGUGAGCGUUCUCGCCGUCCUCUUUGGAACUGGACGGCACGAUUUUAUAUUUGUGGAGAGCGCCGUAACAUAAUAGUGAAGAUACUUCAUCACGAUAUCAGUGGCGAUAUG